GGGACCAGACUGGCCACCACCCCUACUACAGCCCAUCCCAUCUCUAGUUAAACGCCUCUUAGAGGCGUGGGCCUGGCAUUUCUUUGCGGCUCAGAAUUUUUCCCUAUGGCUCAGGAUUCUCUCCACCUUUUUCACUGAUCUGGCCUUCCCACAUUGUAAGAAAACUCUCAAGACUUGAAAGGAUGAGGGAGAAAGAGAGAGCAAUACCUAGAGGUCAAAGCUGCAGACUCAGAUAGGUACGAAACACCUACUGUGAUGCUAAGGUGGCCUCUGCCAUCGCAGGCCAGUGAAAGGGUGGAUUGGAAGGCCCUGUGGAGUGGGAAGGAAGUGCCAUUCUUGAACCCAAGACCGCUUAAAGGACUGUCCCAAGGGGCUGCUUAUCGUGAUGGCUGUGGAAGGAUCAACCAUUACCAGCCGGAUUAAGAACCUGCUGCGAUCCCCAUCCAUCAAACUACGCAGGAGUAAGGCAGGAAACCGGCGAGAGGACCUCAGCUCCAAGGUAACCUUGGAGAAGGUGCUGGGAAUAACAGUGUCUGGAGGCAGAGGACUUGCCUGUGAUCCUCGCUCAGGGUUAGUUGCCUACCCUGCUGGGUGUGUGGUUGUGCUGUUCAAUCCCCGGAAACACAAACAGCACCACAUCCUCAACAGUUCCAGGAAAACCAUCACUGCCCUGGCCUUCUCCCCGGAUGGCAAGUACUUAGUUACGGGAGAGAGUGGUCACAUGCCUGCUGUGCGGGUGUGGGAUGUGGCUGAGCACAGCCAAGUGGCAGAGCUACAAGAGCACAAGUAUGGUGUGGCUUGUGUGGCCUUCUCCCCCAGUGCGAAGUACAUCGUCUCAGUGGGCUACCAGCAUGAUAUGAUUGUCAAUGUGUGGGCCUGGAAGAAAAACAUUGUGGUGGCCUCCAACAAAGUGUCCAGUCGGGUGACAGCAGUGUCCUUUUCUGAAGAUUGCAGCUACUUUGUCACUGCAGGAAACCGGCACAUCAAAUUCUGGUACCUUGAUGACAGCAAGACCUCAAAGGUGAAUGCCACCGUGCCCCUGCUGGGCCGCUCGGGGCUGCUGGGGGAGCUGCGGAAUAACCUGUUCACCGACGUGGCUUGUGGCCGAGGAAAGAAGGCAGACAGCACCUUCUGCAUCACGUCCUCUGGGCUGCUAUGCGAGUUCAGUGAUCGCAGGCUUUUGGACAAAUGGGUGGAGCUGAGAACCACAGUGGCCCACUGCAUCUCUGUGAGCCAGGACUACAUCUUCUGCGGCUGUGCUGAUGGCACUGUGCGCCUUUUCAACCCCUCUAACCUGCACUUCCUCAGCACCCUUCCCAGACCCCAUGCCCUGGGGACAGACAUUGCUGGUGUCACCGAGGCCAGUCGCCUCUUCUCUGCAGGCGCCAAUGCCAAGUAUCCAGAUACCAUUGCCUUGACCUUUGAUCCGACUAAUCAGUGGCUGUCCUGUGUGUACAACGACCACAGCAUCUAUGUUUGGGAUGUGAGGGACCCCAAGAAAGUGGGCAAGGUGUAUUCGGCUCUGUAUCAUUCCUCCUGUGUCUGGAGUGUGGAGGUCUACCCUGAGGUGAAGGACAGUAACCAGGCCUGCCUGCCCCCCAGUUCUUUCAUUACCUGUUCCUCAGACAACACCAUCCGCCUGUGGAACACAGAGAGCUCUGGGAUACAUUGCUCCACGCUGCACCGGAACAUCCUCAGCAAUGAUCUCAUUAAGAUAAUCUAUGUGGAUGGGAACACUCAGGCCCUUCUGGACACUGAGCUAUCGGGAGGAGACAAAGCUGACGGGUCCCUGAUGGAUCCCCGCAUGGGCAUCCGCUCUCUGUGUAUCAGCCCCAAUGGGCAGCAUCUAGCUUCAGGAGACCGGAUGGGCACCCUUAGGGUACAUGAACUGCAGUCCCUGAGUGAGAUGCUGAAGGUGGACGCCCAUGACUCAGAGAUCCUGUGCCUGGAGUACUCUAAGCCGGACACAGGUCUGAAGCUGUUAGCAUCGGCGAGCCGAGACCGGCUGAUCCAUGUCCUGGAUGCUGGGCGGGAAUACAGCCUGCAGCAGACUCUGGAUGAACACUCAUCCUCCAUCACGGCUGUCAAGUUUGCAGCCAGCGAUGGGCAAGUGCGCAUGAUCAGCUGUGGAGCAGACAAGAGCAUCUACUUCCGCACUGCACAGAAGCAGUGUGGAGAUGGAGUACAGUUUACUCGGACACACCACGUGGUGCGGAAGACAACCCUCUAUGACAUGGACGUGGAGCCCAGCUGGAAGUACACAGCCAUCGGCUGUCAGGACCGGAAUAUUCGGAUCUUUAACAUCAGUAGUGGGAAGCAGAAAAAGCUGUUUAAAGGGUCACAGGGUGAGGAUGGCACACUCAUUAAGGUGCAGACAGACCCCUCAGGGAUCUACAUUGCCACCAGCUGCUCCGACAAGAACCUCUCCAUUUUUGACUUCUCCUCAGGCGAGUGUGUGGCCACCAUGUUUGGCCACUCAGAGAUCGUCACUGGCAUGAAAUUCAGUAAUGACUGCAAACAUCUCAUCUCUGUGUCCGGGGACAGCUGCAUCUUUGUGUGGCGCCUGAGCUCCGAGAUGACCAUUAGCAUGAGGCAGCGUCUGGCUGAGCUGCGCCAGCGUCAGAGAGGGGGCAAGCAGCAGGACCCAUCCCCUCCUCAGAGGGCUUCUGGACUCAGCCGGCCCCAGCCCCCAGUGGUGCUUUCUUCUGGACCAGCUCUCUCAUCAGACAGUGACAAGGAGGGAGAAGAUGAAGGUACUGAAGAGGAAGAAUUGCCAGCUCUGCCUGUCCUUGCCAAGAUGACCAAGAAAGAACUAGCCUCAGGCCCCAGCCCAACCCUGCCCCGAAGCCUGUCCCACUGGGAGAUGAGUCAGGCCCAGGAGACAGCAGAAUUCCUGGACCCAGCUCCAGCAGCCAAUUCAGGACCCAGAAGAAGGGGACGCUGGGCUCAACCAGGUGUGCCGUUGAGUGUUCGCUCCAUGCUAGACCUGCGACAGCUAGAAACCCUGGCCCCACCCCUUCGGGGGUCCAACCAGGACUCAUUGGCCAUGCCCCCGUCUGGACCUGGGAAAGAUGGUCAGCAGGUCCCUGAGGCCUCGUGUGCUAGCCAGAAUGAAAAGUCUCGGCUUCAGGCUUCCCAACCCUGUUCCUGCCCCCACAUUAUCCAGUUGUUGUCACAAGAGGAAGGGGUCUUUGCCCAAGAUUUGGAGCCUGCACCCAUUGAAGAUGGAAUUUUGUACCCGGAGCCUAGUGACAGCCCCACUAUGGAUACCAGCAGUGAGUUCCAGGUGCAGGCCCUGACCCGAGGAACCCGGGGACGAGUGUACCCAGGCAGCAGGGGCUCAGAAAAGCACAGCCCGGAUAGUGCCUGCUCCGUGGAUUACAGCAGCAGCCGCCUUUCCAGCCCCGAGCACCCCAAUGAAGACUCUGAGAGCACGGAGCCCCUGAGUGUGGAUGGCAUCUCCUCAGACCUGGAAGAACCAGCUGAGGGUGAUGAAGAGGAGGAAGAAGAGGAGGGAGGCACUGGCCUCUAUGCGCUCCAGGAAGGCAGCCCCCAUACCCCGGAUCAGGAGCAGUUCCUAAAACAGCACUUUGAGACUCUGGCCAAUGGGGCUGCUCCAGGAGGCCUGGUGCGGAUCACAGAGAGGACAGAGUCUCGGAGCAUCUCUUCACGAUUCCUUUUGCAAGUGCAGACACCCCCACUCAGGGAACCAUCCCCAUCUUCUUCAAGCCUGGCAGUGGUGUUGAGACCUGUUCAGGUGCCACAGGCAUCUGGUGACCAGCUGAGAGGCAGUGGUGCCAGUCCCCUGGAAGCACCCCUGGAGGUGGACACAUCCCCUGGUUCCCGUGAGGCAGCUUCCAUACUGCUGCCCCGCCGCCGUCACAACCUGGACAGCAGCUGGGUCCCCAAGAAAGUGGCCACGGCCAGCCCCUUGGCUGGACUCCGGAAAGCCCAAUCUGUGCACAGUCUGAUGCCACAGGGUGCGGAGCCUGACGAGGUACCUGCAUCGGGCCCCCUGCUCUCACAGGAGAUGGAGACCCAGGAGGGCCUGGGCUCCCUACCCAAGGCUGAUGGACGUCCAUCUCGGCCCUGCUCCUUCCAGAGCCCCACCACCAGUUCUGUGGCCAAGAUUGCCCGCAGUAUUUCUGUUGGGGAGAACUUGGGCCUAGCAGCUGAACCUCAAGCUCCUGCCCCACUCCGAGUCUCACCACUCAGCAAGCUGACUCUGCCUGGCCGGGCUCACCUAGUCCUGGACAUCCCCAAACCACUGCCUGACCGCCCUACCCUGGCCACAUUCUCACCUGUAACCAAGGGCCGGGCCCCUGGUGACACGGAACAGCCCUGCUCCCAAGCAGGCUUAGGAAAGGGUCGCAGUCCAGCUGAGAGGCAGGCCUGUGUGGGGGCGGGUACCAUUCCCAAGGCUAGGACAGAGUACCAGGCUCAUCUUGGGCCCAACAGCCCUGGUGCCCAGCGACUGCCAAUCAGCAGCCUCCUCCGAGGCCCUGAGAACUUCCAGCCCCCACCCCCUGAGAAGACUCCCAACCCCUUGGAAUGCACCAGGCCAGGGUCAUCCCUGAGCCAAGACUCAGAACCAGCCAUGAGCCUGGAGCAGUGUGAACAACUUGUGGCCGAGCUGCGUGGGAAAUUGCGCCAGGCUGUGGGGCUGUACCACUUGGUGGCAAGCUGCAAGACACCCUCAGCAGAACAGAGUCGAAUCACUCAGCUCCUCAGGGACACUUUCUCUUCCGUGCGGCAGGAGCUAGAGGCCCUGGCGGGGACUGCGCUGUCCAGCCCAGGCAGCAGCCCUGGGGCUGUAGGAGCUGAGCAAACACAGGCCCUGCUGGAGCAGUACUCGGAGCUGUUGCUUCGAGCCGUGGAGCGGCGCAUGGAACGCAAACUCUGAGCUCCAGAGCCUGUCCCACGUGAAUGCUCCCCAUUCCAAACUGUGGUUCCUCCUCUACUCAUUAUGACCUGUGGGAUGCUUGGAGUGGAUGGAGGGACCAGCACUCACCCGGAAGCAGCUUUCCCAGCUGCUCCUCAUGGGGCCCUGUAUUUAUUAAUUUAUUUCCCUGACUGUGCCCUCACUUCCUUGGAACUCCUGCCUCCACAGCCCCUGCAGUGGCUCCUGGCAGGCAGAGGUCUUGAGUCUUUGUCAUCUUGGUGCUGUGAAGGGUAGGAGGGCAGCCUGCCCCGUCUAAUGGACGCUGGGAAGGGCUGGCCCUCUCUGCUUAGAAGCCAUUUGAAAUUACUUCAGGGAUCAGCUCACACACAGGGUACUCCAUGGGUAGAGGCGGGCGGGGACACGGUACUCAGUGCCACCAGCCAACAGUGUGCUCCUCUCCUCCCACUCCCCUCCCACACCAGCUGUACACUGCUGGCUCCCAGAGCAGGGCUUACUUCUCCCAGCUUCUGGCAGCACACAGAGGUAUAGCAUCCCAGCCCUCAGGAGACAGUUGGUAUCAGGACCUGAGCCCCCCACAUUCCACUCCUUUCAACUCCCAAGAGCUCCUCCCCUCCUGGCUAGAGCGCGUGGAGCCAGCUGUAGGAUGUUGCUGCAGGACAGUAAAGCCCUCUGCUGGGCAGACACACAGCCCUGGCCUCCUUUCCUCAGCCCCUUAGCCUGCCUUAUCCUCCUGCCCUGGUCCCCAGUGGCCUGUGGAAGCCCAAGGGCUCCUGCCUUCUCACUGCAUCCCAGAUGUUGUGGUCAGAAGCUUGUGGACUUUCCCUCGUGGUUUACAGGGCGCCAGUCAACCUUCGGAGGACCUUGGCCAAUGAUGAAACCAGCCCCCCUCCCACUCCACACACGUGUGUGCCCCUCACUGGAGUAUUUGGCUGGCUCAUGCGUGCCUGGGUGCCUCUCACAUUCUGCCUCAGCUUCACCGCCCUGGUUUAUGUGGAACUCAUAUCAAGAAGCAUGAAAAGGAAUGAAACGCACAACACAAAACAUUGAUUCUCGGUGUCCACACCCCAGCUGCGAGGUGGCCCAUGAACACCUACCUGGUCCUGGUAGAAUGAAUCUCCACAGAAGCAGUGCUGGGAGUAAGGGAGGCGCAGGGGCCGAGAGACACACUGGACAGUGGCAGGUGGCACAGGGAAGUGGCAGAGGUGGGGGGCAGAUUAGCAUUAGAGGGGCAGGUGUUAGGGAUGAAGGGAAGGACAGAGCAUAGGCCCGCAGGGUAGGACCAGGCAGUUAGAUGGUGCAAAGUCGGUGAAGAACGUGUCUCUGGGCCCCCUGCUUCCCUCUUCCCCAGACAACAGGACCAGUGUGACCACGGGUUCAGGCCAUAAAAGCCGGCGCACACGUGGCGCACACGUGGGCAGCACUGCAGGUAGAUGCUAUAAAGAAACUGGGUCCUGGAGAGUGGCCCGAGCAGGGCAAAACCUGUCUCUGCUACCACCACCUACAUGGCCAAACUCAAAUCCUGGACCCCAAGAACUCUUGGAGCCGGGAGUGGACCCCUGGCAGUGCUGCAGCUGGCCAUCUGGGGGUUAGAGCUCCCCACCAGCCACAACCCACCACAGCUAGGCGCCGGCUUGGCUUCUCCGGGCCAGGUGGAUCCUCAGCCAGCCUGUCCACGAGGCGAGCGCGACAUUCCCGCCGCAGUUCGUGAGAAGGCAGCCGCCCUUUCCUUGCCCUCUGCCAGGGGCGGGUGGGGGCCUGUGGCCGGCGCCACGUCCCUUCGUGCAUGUCUAAGGUCGCUGGCCGCCACUGCCCCGCUCCGUCGACUCGCCCCACCCCAGUUUUGAGAUCCCCUUAUUUAUAACUUUUAUACUUUAUCCGGACCGUGGCGCUUGUCUCCUCUCCGGCUGCACCGGGUGGGGAGUGUUUUUAACGUGUCCGUUUGUAUUGCUGUUUGAACUUGUCAAUAAACACAAUCAUUUGUUAA